AUGCAAAGCCACUCCCAUUACCAUUUUACAGACAUUGAAGCUGUACCUAUUAAAUCAAAAGUCGAUUCAACUAAAUGUACGGAAAUUCCGCACUCUCCUUCCACGUCCCUUUCUUGCCCCACUGCAAAACCACCCCGCCACAUCUUCGCCUGCAUCCAUAGCCACAGUCGGCUGGCUCUCUGCCUCUCGAGCAACAACCAUAAUCCAACCCAAGAUUCAUCCUUACCAGACAUCAACACAAAGCGGUGCACGGUGGCGGGCCUCAAGCGCAAAAUGGACGACUACGGCAGCGAGACGGAUAGCGACUAUACGAGCUACUGGCGAGACUGGUUCAUCUCGUCUCGAGGCAAUGAGUACUUCUGCGAAAUCGACGAGGAAUACCUGAUGGACCGCUUCAACCUGACGGGCCUCAACACCGAGGUCCAAUACUACCAAUACGCGCUCGACCUGGUGACGGACGUCUUCGACCUCGACUGCGACGACGAGAUGCGCGAGACGAUUGAGAAGUCGGCGCGUCAUCUGUACGGCCUUGUCCACGCGCGGUACAUUGUGACGACAAGAGGUCUGACAAAGAUGCUGGACAAGUACAAAAAGGCCGAGUUUGGCAAGUGCCCGCGCGUCGACUGCCUGCUGCACCCGCUGCUCCCCAUGGGCCUGUCCGACGUGCCCAACCACCGGCCGGUCAAGCUGUACUGCGGGCGGUGCGAGGACAUUUACAACCCCAAGUCGUCGCGGCACGCCGCCAUCGACGGCGCCUACUUUGGCACGUCGUUCCAAAACAUCAUGUUCCAGGUCUACCCGACCCUCAUGCCCUCCAAGAGCCUCGAGCGCUACGUGCCCCGCGUCUACGGCUUCAAGGUGCACGCCGCCGCCGCGCUCGUCCGCUGGCAAAACGCCGAGCGCGACGACAUGCGCUACCGCCUGCGCCAGGCCGAUAUCGAGACGCGCUUCCGGGACGAUGACGACGACGACGACGAUGAUGUCGAGUUUGAGGGCGUGGACACGCGGGUUGCGCGAGUGCAUUGA